AUGCCAUCAUCUGCCGAGAACUCUCCCUCCAAUGGGGCGACUGAUGAAUCCCCGAGUGAGUUCCCGAAUGGGACCCCGGACGAACCCUCGGAUGAGCCCGUUCCGCAUCUAAAAAUUCCUCCGCAUAUCCUAAGUCUUCGUCAGAAGAUCUUCGCGCUAGACUCACCUCUCACGAUACCCGUGGCCGAAUUUAACAAUGCUUGGAAAUAUUUAGAUAACAUUUACGUUCGGAACCAGUCCAGGUACGGACAAAGCAAAACAACCACCUACUAUUGGUGUCGACUAUGGCGUACCAAAGCCUACGAGUCGACCAUUACCGAUGAACAACGCAAACGAAAAAGAAAGGUCCGGGAGCCAAUUGGCUGCCCAUGUCGUGUCCGGAUUGUGAGUGAUGGUUAUCAUAUGAGCGUCACCCGUGGCAAGGAACGACACAAUCAUGAUAUCUCCGCGCUCGAAUAUAAACUCACCACUGCAGCUCGGGAUCUUGCUGCCAAAGCAGUCUCAAAGGGCAAUAGGCCGAGUCUGGUUGCGCGAGAGCUCAAAAACAGCGGUAUUGGUCAUUUUAUAACUUCUAAAGAUGCCUGGAAUGCUGGAAACCUUUGGAUUACUCGGAAAGAACGGCGGCCUCCUUGGCAGAUACAUACUCCUAGAAAUGCACUUAUGCAAGCAAUUGUGGCCAAUGAACCAGGUCCUCCCGAAGUACUGCACAUAGAGGAAUACCCCAAGCCUCCCCCGAAAUUCGGGGAAGUAUUAAUAGAGGUCAAAGCGUUUGGUCUCAGUCGUGCCGAAGUCGUAGCCCGGCAAGGCCACUCAGCCGAUGUUAAGUUUCCGCGAGUCAUGGGUCGCGAGGCUGUUGGGAUUGUGGUUGAGGGCUCCUUUGCGCCGGGAACCAAAGUUAUCGCUACGACAAGAGAUCUACCUCCAGAAUAUUCAGGGAGCUACGCACAAUACACCCGCGUCCCUGUUACUCAUGUUCGAAGAAUCCACCCAUCCUGCCAGCUCUCAUGGGAACACCUUGCUGCGUUCCCGGAAAUGAUUCAGACGGCGUGGAAUGCACUGUUUCGGGCUCUGCGUCUUCAUCCAACUGAUCGUCUUUUGAUUCGGGGUGGUACAACGUCCAUUGGGCUCGCAGCAGCAUGUAUCGCUAAACGGCAUUGUUCCUUCAUAGGUUCGACCACUCGCCAGGGUUGUCGGCAGGAGAUUCUUAAAGAAAUGGGGGCUAACCAGGUCUUAAUUGAUGAUGGCUCUCUGUCAGAAAAGAUUAAGUCAGAGGAGCUCGAGUUCACCAAGGUUCUAGACCUGAUUGGGGCAAAAACCAUAGCCGAUUCCUUGCAAUGUGUAAGGCCAUACGGGGUUGUUUGUAUGGCAGGCACGGUGAGCGAAGAGUCAAACAUUUCCAACUUUAAUCCUAUGGACGCUGUUCCAUCUACCGUAUGCUUUACAACUUAUAAGAGCUCCACGGACGACUUUCAGAACUUUCCACUAGAUGGGAUCUGCCAUGAUGUUGAGACUGGUCAACUGAAACUGCCACAUAUACGAAUUUACCUCGCUGGCCAAAUUGCUGGAGCACAUCAAUGCCUGGAAGAGAAUCGGGCAGAGGGCAAAGUCGUGGUCCUUUGGUGA